AUGUUGGCCGAGUCUGAUAAUGGGGCAACACUGUUGGUGGGAAUGGAGGUGGAGGUUCUCCUGUGGACGCCAGAGCUGCCCGUCUGGCCAACAGACUUGGCAGAGGAUGCCAAGUCGCUCAACUCAGUCACAUCAAGGUCCUUGCGCUCGAACGUUUGUGUUGCUGAAGAAGAAGGAUUCAUUAAAGAGAGAAAAAUUGAUUAG